AUGAGUCAACCCUCAAAGAAGAGCAGAGGUGAGAGUUCAUCUAGUGGUGCACCUUCGCUGGUUUCUUCGAGGGUUCCACCGCCCGCACCAGUGGCAGCAGAGUUCACUACCUUCGAGCAGUGUGUCGCAUGCAGGAUCAGCAGGGAACUAGGCGGCGGUGUUGGAAUUGUCAUAAGUUCCAUGGAGGGACGAUGUCGAGAACCGCGCAGAUGUUAUCAGUGUGGACAAGCGGAUCACAUCAGGACGCAGUGUCCACUGUUGACUCGUGGGGACCCUGCUUCAGGACUUAAUCCAGGCCAUCCUACUCAGUCUAGAGGUUCACAACCUGCGGCUCAGGCACAGACCACCGCUACCAGAUCCGUAGCAGCGAGCAACACCCCUCAGUCAGGAGGAGCACGUCCGCAGACUAGAUCUCAAACCAGGAUCUUUGCCCUGACUAAUGAAGAGCCCAAGUGUGAAGCGGACAUGAUCACAGGAGAAGAAGUCUUGGCUCGAGGCAAAGACUUAGCCGAGGAGUAG